AUGGCGCUGCACAACGUCCAUCCCUCCGAAAUAAGUUUCAAGGAACAACUGUUCGAGCCCCAAUUCUCUGCCAUUUUUCUCAUUACCAUGCGAAACCAAACCUGCGUUAUGAAAGUUCAUCAUGGGAGAGGUCCUCCGCGAUACUACGAGCCUCAAGACCGCGAGCUAGACAUUCAUGUUCUCGAAUCAACGGCUUACCACCGCCUGAAAGACCGAGGGCUAUAUGGGAUACGCCAGAUUCAUAAGGCGCUUGUUGUGCAUGGUGACCCGAAACCGAGGAAUAUGAUGGUUGUCAGGGACGAUGAGGCGGAUCGAGUGGUUUGGUUGGAUUUUGAUCGGGCUGAGACGUAUGAUGAGGAUAGGCUCACGGAUGAAGAAAUGCAGCUGAUGGGCGAGGAAGAGGAGACAAUGGUGGGUUUCAAGGAGUUGCUGAUCUCAUUCACAUUCAUCCUCCCCCUCUUCCCCUCUCUCCUCAACUUCUACCUCCAACAAGACCCUUCCCCCUCCUCGCUCCUGAACCGCAUAUUCCACUACCUCAACGCCUACAAAAACUCAUUCUCCAAACCGAUUGAUUCGCGGUACGACAUUGUCCUCCUCGGCGGUGCUCUGGGAUCCCUCUUCUCGCUCCUCCAAGCCAUCGCCGCGCCUGUAAUAGGGCAUCUCUCCGACCGACAUGGCCGGCGCACGGCACUGCUUUGGUCCAUGUUCGGCAAUCUGGUGAGCGUCACGUUAUGGGUUGCCGCAACCGAUUUCAAGACGUUUCUCGCUAGCCGUAUCGUGGGCGGAUUGAGUGAGGGGAAUGUGCAGAUGGCGAAUGCGAUUGCGACGGAUAUCAGUGAUGAGAGUCAGCGCGGCUCGACUAUGGCCAUGGUGGGCGCUUGUUUCAGUAUUGCGUUUACGUUUGGGCCGGCAUUGGGUGCGGCGCUUGCUAAUGUGAAGGUUAUUGCGGCUAAUCCGUUUGCGACUGCGGCGGGGGUUUCGUUGUUGUUGAUUGUCCUGGAGACGGGUUAUUUGUAUGUGAGUUUGCCGGAGACGCAUCCUAGACUUGUUGCCGCGGAGGUGAAGGAUGGCAUAAAGGGGACGAAGGGUGCAGUUGGUGGUGGUGGUGGUGGUGGCACGACGGCGACGAGUGACAAGAAGGUGAAGAGAAAGGACAAGAUAUCCCACACCAACAACCCCUCAGUCCUUAAUCUGAUUCAUUUACUAUUUCUUCUGCCCUUUUCCGGCAUGGAAUUCUCCCUCCCGUUCCUCACGGCUACUUUGAUAUCAGCGUCAGAAGACAGCAACCCAUCCGCCGUCAACGGGCGAAUACUCGGUCUAAUCGGACUCAUCGCGUCCCUCCUACAGGGAACGAUGGUGCGUCGACUGCCGCCACUGCUAACAGUGCGUAUUGGCGUUGUUGCAUGCGCCAUCGCGUUUUUUCUUUUGGCCAAUAUCAGCUCGAUCACGGGCUUGCAGGUUGCUGCUUGUUUCCUGGCGGUUACGAGCGCGACGGUGGUGACAGGGCUGAAUAGUUUGGGCAGUCUUGAGGCUGGCGCGGAGGAGCGUGGGAUUGUCUUGGGCAGGUUGAGGAGUUGGGGCCAGGUUGGGAGGGCGUUGGGUCCUGUGGGAUUCUGCUCGUUCUUUUGGUGGGUAGGUAGGGAAAUUGCGUAUACUGCUGGCGGUGUCGUGAUGGUUGGUGUCUGUGGGAUUGUGUUUGUGUUCUUGAGUGAGCCUAGGCGAUAG